AUGAAGGGCCUCAUCGGAGCAACAGCGACGCUCGUUGCAGCCGCCAACAGCGCAACUGCAACCGGCACCUCUUCCGCCUCAGCAUCAGGCCCAACUGGCAGCAGCUACGCGUCGGGCUUCGACAUGACCCGAAGCUGGGCCAACCUGAGCCCCUACAAGGACGCAGGUAGCUUCGGAGUGUCCAAGGGCGUCCCGCAAGGCUGCGAGCUGUCGCAAGUCCACGUUCUGCACCGUCAUGCGGAGCGGUUUCCGACGAACUAUCCUCUUGAUGGUGCGGGCAUGGAGGACUUUGCGGCCAAGUUGAGCAACUACAGCAAGACACAUGUUGGGAAGAAGGUCGCGACGGGUCCAUUGGAGUUCCUCAAUAACUGGGAAUAUGUUAUUGGUGAGGAUACUCUUAUGGAAUCGGGUGCUGCGACGGAGGCGACAUCCGGUGCGCAUUUCUGGAUCAAGUAUGGGCGUCUGCUGUAUCGGCCUGAUCGAGAUAAUGUUGCCGCUUGGAAUGAGUCGUUGAAUGUUUGGCCUAAUGGUACUGAGCGGGCGAAGCCUGUUUUCCGGACUACCUCCCAGGAUCGGAUUUUGGAGAGUGCUCGGUGGUGGCUCAGCGGAUUCUUUGGCAACAAGGGUGCCAACAACUCCUAUGAUCAGUAUGAUCUGGUCGUCAUCCCAGAGAUUGACCCAUUUAACAACACCCUGGCUUCCUACGAUUCCUGCCCAGGCGACAUGACCGAAGGCGACAACGCCGCCGAAGGCUUCAUCGCCCACUACACAAAAGAUGCCCGCGCACGUCUCUCGCAGUACUUCCCCCAAGACUUCAACCUAACUGCGAUGGACGUACUUGCAAUGCAAAACCUCUGCGUCUACGAAUACACCAGCCUAGCAGGCUCAAGUUUCUGCAGCCUCUUCACCGAGCAAGAAUGGAAAGACUUCGCCUACAACAUCGACAUUCAAUACUACGGUGACUACGCCUACGGCUCACCAACCGGUCGCGCCCAAGGAAUCGGCUACGUCCUCGAACUCGCCGCGCGCCUGCAACACAAACUGAUCACAACCAGCGACACAAGCAUCAACUACACCUACGACAACAACGAAGCCCAAUUCCCCUUCGCGCAGCCCUUCUACAUGGACAUGUCGCACGAUGACAUCAUCCUCUCCGUAAUUAACGCCCUCGGCCUUGAAUAUUUCAAGUUCGGACCCAAUGGCCUGCCCGCCGACGUGCCCCAUGCUCCUUCGAACCGCACAUUUGCCCUAAGCGACAUGACCCCGUUCGGCGCGCGAUUCAUGUCGGAGGUCUGGUCUUGCCCUGCUAAUGCUGAUCUUGAGAAUUUGGAUCCUGUGCUGUAUAAGAACCCAGUUUUGGAGGGACGGAAUACGACUAACUUUAUCCGAUUUGUGCUAAAUGGGGCGCCGCUACCUACAAAGGGUUUGCCUGGUUGUGACGGGGCGAAAAAUGGCUUCUGUCCUGUUGAGCGGUUCCUUAGGGCUGUGCCGACGUUGAAGAAGCAGGCGGAGUAUCAGCAUGCUUGCUUUGGGAAGUAUCCUACCGGUCAUCAGGUUUCUGAUGGUGUUCCCAGCUCUUGA